CUGCUCUCCACUAGAGAAUUCAUCAUGGUUAGACUUCGUGGUUAUGUUGGGCUUGCCCUCGCAAGUCUCAUAGGUUGUCUCAGCCGACAAGUUGAGGCCGUGGACGUUACUGUCAACCUGAACUACUCGACCUAUGUAGGCACGGAGCAGCGUGGAACUGGCGUUACUCAAUGGCUUGGAAUACGGUACGCGGCGCCUCCUCUGGGGGACCUCCGUUUUGCUCGUCCUCAGGAUCCUCUGUUUAACAGUACUGUACAAAUCGCAGACCAGCAUGGCCCAUACUGUCUCGGCACAAACGUGCCAUCCGACAACACAGCCACAUCAGAGGACUGUCUAUACCUCGACGUCUACGCGCCCAGCAACGCGACCACCAAGUCCAAGCUCCCCGUCUACCUCUUCAUCCAGGGCGGCGGCUUCAACGUCGACAGCAACCCCAACCUGAACGGCACAGGGCUCAUCAACGCCAGCGGCAACAACAUGCUCGUCAUCACCUUCAACUACCGCGUCGGGCCGUACGGCUUCCUCACGGACGGCGACGCCAUCCCGCCCAACAACGGCCUCUUUGACCAGCGCAAGGUGAUGCGCUGGGUGCAGGCGCACGUGGCCCAGUUCGGCGGCGACCCAGACCACGUCGUCCUGGGCGGCGACUCGGCCGGCGCGGCGAGCGUGAGCCUGCACCUGAUGGCGUACGGCGGCCGCGACGACGGGCUGUUCCACGCCGCCGCCGCCGAGUCCGUCUCGUUCGCGGCCGUCUUCACCGUCGACCAGUCGCAGUGGCAGUACGACAACCUGGCGAUCCGGCUGGGGUGUGUGGGAGGGGCCAGCCACACGCUGGCCUGCCUGCGGGCCAAGACGGCCGUCGAGAUCCAGGAUGUAAACUACAACAUCCCGUUUCCCGGCGCCGCCGCCCCGCCCCUGUACAUGUACAACCCUGUCAUCGACGACGACCUGAUCCGCGACGUGACCUACGAGGCCUUUGCCAAGGGAGACUUCAUCCGGGUCCCCGUCAUCUUUGGCGACGACACCAACGGCGGCACCAUCUUCACCCCGUCCAACACCAGCACCCUGCAGGAGAGCAACAUGUUCAUCAAGAACCAGUUCCCCUACGUCUCCCUCGCCGACCUGGGCCGCGCCAACACCCUCUACCCCAACCCCAACACCUCCUGCCCCAGCACCGGCUGCUACUGGCGCCAGGUCAGCAACGUCUACGGCGAGAUGCGCUACAUGUGCCCCGGCCUGUACAUCUCGUCCAAGUAUACAGAGUACGGCGUGCCCCAGUCCUGGGCCUACCGCUGGAACGUCCAGGACCCCACCCAGGAGGCCGAGGGCUACGGCGUCGAGCACACCGUCGAGCUGAACGCCAUCUUUGGGCCCGAGAACACCAACGGCGCCUCGCCUGCGAGUUACUACCCGGGCGGCAUCAACGCGCCCGCGGUGCCUGUUGUGCAGGGGUACUGGACCUCGUUUAUCAGGACGUUGGACCCCAACACGUAUCGCCUGCGUGGGACGGCCGAGUGGGUGCCCUGGAAUGACACCGCCCAGGGGAGGCUGUUGUUCUCGACCGGAGGAGGCACGGGGAUGGAGAACCUUGCUGGGUCGGACCUGAUGGAGAGGUGUGACUUUUGGUAUGGUAUUGGGGUAGAUAUUCGACAGUAAGAUAGAGAGAGGGGGAGGUAGGAGGCGAAGUUGAUGAUCCAAUGUGUGAAUUCAUAAUGAUAAUAAUGAAAUGAAUUGUUACAAG